CUCAACUACGCCAAUCGGUGUUUAUAAGAGCACAUAGUCGCCAACAUCUGCAGCCCCGUUCAACCUUGCAUCAUAGCCCUUGCUGCAGUUUCUUUCGCCCGCCUACUUGGUUUCUUUAAUUAUAUAGCCCCAAGCCAAAUCGUCAAAGAUGGUGCCAAAUGAGCUGUACCAGUACUCUGUCCUCUCCGCCCUCAUGAGUGGCGCCGCAACAUCUGGUGUGCCCCUGUCGCACAUCUUAAGCCACGGGAACCACGGCCUAGGUACAUUUCAGAGACUGGAAGGGGAGAUGAUUGUCCUCGACGGAUCGGCGUACCAGAUGAAGUCUGAUGGAUCUGUGAUACCCAACCUUGAAAGAGACCAUGGUGAUCAGAUAAUCCCUUUUGCCAUGGUUACUUGCUUUCAACCCUCUGUUACUGAGACCAUCAUCUUCGACAGCAAGCAAGACCUCGCGGACAAAAUAUCAGCUUUACUUCCCAGAACGCAGAACCACUUUCUCGCGUUUAGGAUAGACGGAGUGUUUGAGCAAGUCGGCGUCCGAACAGUCGGCGGUCAACUAUCACCGCACGAAAGCCUCACUGAUGUCGGCAAACGUCAAGCAACGCACACUUUUCCAUCAAUAAGGGGGUCAAUCAUAGGAUUCCGCUCGCCGGCAUAUUUCCAAGGCAUCAGCGUCGCCGGUGACCAUAUGCAUCUGAUUUCCGAGGAUAGAAAGUUUGGAGGGCAUUUGCAGGCUUGUCGGGCAACUGAGCAGGUAACACUUAGAGCGGUGGCUAUUCAACGCCUCGAUCUGCAGUUGCCAAAGGAUGAUGAUUUCAGGGAUGCCAAUCUCGGAGUUGACGAUGAAGGGAUUCAGGCUGUUGAGGGCUAGACAUUUCUUUAUAUAUAUAUAUAUAUAUAUAUAUAUAUAUAUAUUUCAAGAGAGAGAGUUUUGCCCUUGAAUCGCAUACCAAUUCUUCUGUUCAAGAGCAGGCUGGCGUGAUGGAGACGGUAAUAUCUUCUAUGCAUCAGCGCAUGUCCCAGACUUGGAGGAGUCUGCAGAUCUGCUAGGGGUUUCAGUUCCAUUAAUGAAUGUAACUACUUUGAUGCCUGGGGGGAACUAUCUUGAGUGGAUUGAUGGGGCUGGGGCUGCCGAAGAAGACCCCUGGAAGUAUGGCUAUGCAUCAUUCACCAAGACGAUGGAGUCAUCAUCUUAGCCCUUGAGUGACAAGCCACCUGUGGAGAAUAUGUUCCUUGCAUAGGAAAACAAAAUAAGAAUAUCUUUGGUAGAGUACACGAGGUAGGAGAAGGCAUGAUGUUCUUAGCUACAGCAAGCUAAAUCGACAAAUUAAUGAAACCUGGUAGACAGUGC